AUUUAUUCGAUGUUUUUACCUCACAUUUACACAUUGUUCAAAACAUAAUUUUAGUAGCAAAUAGUAUCGCAUAACGGAAAUUCAUGCCCGAGGAACACAAGAGCAGGACAGGAAAAUGAAAGGAGUCUUUCGUGACUGCAUUUUUCUCUAAAUGAGCCAACUGGCUUCAAAAAUCACUUCAAAUUAUAAAACUUGGUCCAAGGCAAAAUCGUCACAAAAUCACCAGCUUCCGGUUAUACUGAGGAAAGUAUUAUCCACAACGAUAUAUUUUUUUAACCAAUUUUGCAGCUAAUAAAUCUUUUCCCUAACAUGAAAACUCUUUACUUUGACAAUGAAGGGUGAAUGAACUCGGAAGCCAUACGAGUCAUCCUAAAAAAUAGGUUCAGUGUACAGGUCUCGAUUUCGCCUUCUUUGCACGGCGCAUCUAAUGGCCAAGUUGAGAGAUUUUAUACCACCAUAGCAGUGUUGGCUCAAUAAAUAAUCCUUUAAGAUGAAACCACUCACUCAAUCGGUUUAAUUUACAAGUGCAAGCAAACGUUUUUGCUGAAUGCGAAUAUACUCUCGUGUACGAGAGUUGAAGAUGCAUACAGAUAAAGUAACAAAAUAUGAGUUCGCUCGAAAAUACACGUGCAAUUGUUUUUGGAUUUAAAUUCAACAAAAACAAAUUAAUGUACAAAUUAAAAUUCAUAACGCAAACAGAAUUAGAAAUGCAAAGUUGAACCUUCAAGCAAUGUAAUUUAUUUUUGUACGCCAUAUGUUGAGUGUUUACACUCCUUGCUGCGUAGCGCAGGCUCAGUUUAGACGUUCGCCGCAUUAAUAAAAAGGCGAUUCCUUUCACUUGUAACUCAGUUGAUAACCAGAAACUGCACCGAAAACUAUGUUGGCGGAUAGUGCAACUCUGACUUUAGUCAUCUUUGUGGGUACGUCUGUAGUGCUUAUUUCGGUUUCGUCUUCAAGUUUGUCGGAAAUUAAACCGAUGAACAACGGACAUAUUGUGACGCCUUUGGGAUGCCACCGUCGUGUAUACACGUAUAAAGUGACACAGUCUGAUCUUCAAGGACACGAGUGUUGGGACUAUGUAAGCGUUUGGUCGUGUUGGGGACGAUGCGACUCAAGCGAAAUUUCCGAUUGGAAGUUUCCUUACAAGCGUUCGUUCCAUCCUGUUUGUGUCCACGCCCAGCGGCAGCUGGUAGUAGCUAUCCUGAAGAAUUGUCACCCUAAAGCAAAGGACAGCGUAAGCAAGUACCAGUACAUGGAGGCAGUGAACUGUCACUGCCAGACAUGCUCCACACAGGACACCAGCUGCGAAGCUCCGGCCAAUAAUGAAAUGGCUGGGGGCAGCAGGGCAAUCAUGGUAGGCGCCGAUACCAAAAACUUGGACUAUUAGCGAGUUUUGAAAUUGGGUUCGUAACUAAAUUGUGUACGGGAUUGUGAUGGCUUUAUCUACAACAGCAAGUUAAUGCAAAAAUUCUUAUUAUAAAAUGUAAUAAAACAAAAUAAAAUUAAAAUUUCGUAUUUAUAA